AUUGAUGGUUACAAGCAAUGGAAGUCUUGGUACGUUAAGCCGGUAGCAACAACAAUGCGUAGCUUUCUGGAAGGGUGUUUGUGAUGGGUGGAUGCCAUGAAAUUUAUCCUCAUCGUACUCUUCCUUUUUUCUUCCAUGGUAUUGUUGUUCUAAGGUAAUGCCAAUAUCGAAAUGAAGCUACACGAUCCUUUAGCCUGGACAGCGUUAAAUGAGGACCAAGCGGAUGUUGGUAGUUUCAACGCAUGUGUUCGGGUUACCAAGAAGCACGAUGGCACUUAUGUCUCCUUUGUUGAUACAUUGGUUGACUUGAACGUCGAUGUGGCAGGGACGUUCCAGACGUUUGAGAAUGCCAUUACGGUUGUGGGCACCAGCACGAAAUCAUUGGAAGAGAAUCAAACAGUAGAAAUCGGUAUGGACUCCUAUCUGUGUGGUCCCUCUGAUUCAGGAGACCCAGAACGCUCCUACAAGAUUGGCCAGAGCUUCUCCAUCUGCGUUGGUCCUACCGAGGAUGCGAUUGCAGAGUAUGGCAGUGUACAUGUUGCCGUGGUUGGGUUCCAAGAUGUUACAUGUGCCGAGACAGUCAAGGUGGUGGAAGACGGACAGGAGAUGGCACUGACAACCGUCACCACUAAUCCCGAAAAUUACAAGAGGGCCAAUGAAGUCAUUGUUGGAUCGGGNGCUUGGAUCGAUGGAUCAUAGGACUUGUGUGGUGCUUGGGCUUGCUUUAUUCCUUGAAAAGUGGUGCAAAGAUGGUGAAGGAGCAGCAGGCCAAUGGCUGUUCACUGAAGGAGUUACAGACAGGAGAUCUCAAGCAAGUGAUAUUGAGAAAGAGAUUAGCAAAGGGAAGGCUGCUUACGCUCGAUUCAUCAAGCGUUAUGUGUUUGAUAAUGAAGCCUUUGUCCGUGA